ACGUUUGCGACGUUGAUCCAGAGAACGUGGGCCGGCCAGCCAGCCGUUUGCCUCCCUCCUGCCUAUUUGUGUUGCUCCUCCUCUCGAGAACUUUCUAGCGGGGAUGGGGAAGAUAGGGUACCUGGAGAUGAAGACGGAUAGGUUGGCGGACGAUUUGAUCGAGUCGGAUCUCAAGGAGCUCGGGAUCGCGGCCAAGAAGCUCGCCAGCCAUGCCUUCAAGCUUGGCAGUGGACUUGGGUUCGGCACCACCUUCUUCCAAUUCCUCGCUUCCUUUUCAGCAAUAUAUCUGUUGGUAUUGGACCGGACAAACUGGAGGACAAACAUGUUGACUGCACUUUUAGUUCCUUACAUUUUCUUGAGCUUGCCAUAUGUGCUGUUUUCUUUACUGAGGGGGGAGGUUGGUAAAUGGAUUGCGUUUAUUGCUGUUGUGCUGCGACUCUUCUUUCCUCGGCAUUUUCCAGACUGGUUGGAGAUGCCCGCAUCGUUGAUCCUUCUUCUCGUGGUUUCCCCUAGCUUCUUUGCCCACACAAUCAGGGACGGCCUAGUUGGCGUCGUCAUAUGUUUGGUCAUUGGCUGCUACCUGCUUCAAGAGCACAUCCGAGCAUCAGGGGGCUUCAGAAACUCAUUCACGAGGAGUCAUGGCAUAUCAAAUACCGUAGGUAUCAUUCUCUUGUUCGUCUAUCCUGUCUGGUGCUUGGUGCUGCGUUUCAUGUAGCCUCCUCGUUCCAGCUCUGGAAAUGUUUUGUUUGCCGUUGUUGGGACGGUCGGAUUUGGUUAUUUUGAGAUUGUGGAUUUCCUAUGGUUGGCUUUCUAAUGAACCACCAAAAUAUUGAGAUAGGCUUCUCUUUGAAAUAAUGGUUUUGUGCUUAAAUAGGGAUAUUUUUCUUGUUCUGGGGAUGAAGUCUGGCAGAUUCGGUAUGCAUUGCAUUUGGAUUUUGGUGUA